AUGUCAGUCCCUGGCGAUCAACCAUCGAAUGUCCAAAAAAUCAUAGAAAUAGGGAUUGGACUGGGUCUUGAUCCAAGUACUGUGACCAAGGAGGAACUCAAAAAUUCUAUAAUUGAUGUUGUCGAAAACAACAAAUACAGCACACGAAUCCGGGAAAUUCGUCACCUGUUGUACGACAAGCCAUUGACUGGGCUGGAAAAGGCUGUCUGGUGGUCUGAGUACGUUCUCAGACAUGAAGGGGCCACACAUCUGCGAAGUCCGGCUGCUGAUUUUUCCUGUAACAAGAAAAUGCACUCUAUACCUGUGGUACUCCUUUUACUUUCUACACGUAUUUUGUGCAGCAAUAUAUUAGGAGUGUUCAUUUUUCCCUCAAUCAGCCACCAAAUCGUUUUCCAACCAAUAUGGAAAGAACUAUCCUUGAGAGGUCACAACGUCACUGUAGUAACCCCAGAUCCCCUAAACGAUCCCUCUUUAAUUAAUCUAACAGAAAUCAGUAUUCGUUUCACCUACGACCUCUUAAAACGAAUCGCAAUCCAAGAUCUUAUAUCAAAAGACUCCAACGUUUUUCUAAGUUUGUAUGUUUCGUCAACUUUCAUAGACCGUCUCCAAGAAGCCGAACUCAACAAUAUUGGGUUCAAACAAUUAAUAAAUGAUCAGUCCAAACAUUUUGACUUGAUUUUAAUAGAAUCUUUCCAUCCAAUUAUGUACGCUUUAGCUGCAAGAUUCAACGCACCUGUCAUUGGAGUGUCCGCACUGGGAUUAAUGGAGGUCAACUAUAACAUUAUUGGUAACCCCAUACACCCAGUACUGUACCCGGACGUUCUAUGGGGGUUCUAUAACACCGAGUUAUCAAUGUGGAACAAAGUUAAAAGUGUUUUGUGGAGUUUGUGGUCACGGUACCACGAGGAAAUUGUGGUGCCAAGAGCGCAUAAACUUGCAAAGAAGUAUUUUGGGGAAGAUUUGUCGUAUUUAGGGGACCUUCGAAAAGGUCAAAGCAUGGUUUUUCUUAAUGUAAAUCCUCUGCUGUACCCGUUGAGACCUAAUGUACCCGCUCUAGUCGAAAUGGGGCAGAUGCACAUUAAACCGGUGGAACCACUUCCUGAAGAUUUGCAACAAAUACUAGACAAUGCUACCGAAGGUGUGAUCUACUUUAGUUUAGGGUCGAACGUUAAAAGCGUAAAUUUAGAUGAAACACUGAGGAACAUCAUAGUAGAAGCUUUAUCUGAACUACCGUACAAAGUUUUGUGGAAAUGGGAGUCCGAUUAUUUGCCUGGAAGACCAAAGAAUGUGGUCACAAGAAAGUGGUUUCCGCAACAAGAUCUCCUUGCACAUCGAAAUAUUCGUGCCUUUUUUACACAAGGGGGUCUUCAAUCUAUUGAAGAAGCAGUCUCCAGAGGGGUACCACUCAUUGGGAUGCCUUUCAUGGGUGAUCAGCCGCCAAAUGUGCAAAAAAUCGUGGAUGCAGGGAUCGGACUAGGUGUUGAUCCAGUUAGGGUGACCAAGGACGAACUAAAGCAAUGUAUAAUUGAGGUUGCCGAAAACAACAAGUACCAUCGAAGAGUUCACGAAAUUCGUGACAUUUUGUUCGACAAGCCAAUGACUGGGCUGGAAAAGGUUGUCUGGUGGGCUGAGUACGUUCUUAGACAUAAGGGGGCAAAACACUUGAGGAGUCCAGCAGCUGAUUUUUCUUCGUUUGACUAUUUAUUAGUGGAAGUUGUCUUAGUUGCAGUUGUAAUGAGUGGUACUAUUAUUUACCUCUGGUACAAAGUAAUCCAACUGUUAAUUAUUUAUUGGUAUAAAUAA